AUGGAAGGGUCCUAUUUGGGACAUUCUUAUAAAAGAGCUCAGAAUAUCGUUUUGGUAUCCCUUCGCAGUUAUUUGAUUUUGAAGUGUUACAAGAAUAUGAUUCCUGAAUAUUUAACUCUCAAUACGGGUGCCAAGAUGCCGGCUCUGGGUUUUGGCACUUGGACAUCGGUGGAUAGAAACAUUGUAGGUGAGAGCGUUGAGUAUGCAAUCCUCGAGGCAGGAUACCGCUUGAUCGAUACCGCUUACUUUUAUGAAUGUGAAGAUCAAAUCGGAGAAGCACUUAAAAGAGUUUUUGCAACAGGAAAAGUCAAGCGCGAGGAUUUGUUUAUCACGACCAAAGUGUGGCCCACUUUUGGUACUCGUAUAGAGGAGGGCUUGGAUCGCUCACUUGCCGAUUUCGGCCUUGACUACGUGGAUCUGUGUCUCAUUCAUUGUCCUGUUCCAAUCAAGUGUGACAGUCCUGAUGGAAAGCCUCUUUGGCCUCUUGAUGCUAACGGACGCAUGAUCAAAGAUCACUCGGUUACUCAUGUUGAUAUGUAUCUUCAGUUAGAGAAGGCUUACAAAAGCGGAAAAGCCAAAGCCAUCGGAAUAUCCAACUAUUCUGAGAUAUACAUUGAGGAAUUGCUCAAGUCUGCCUCGGUUGUCCCUGCUGUGAACCAAAUUGAAAUUCACCCACUUCUCCCUCAGAGAAAGCUUGCAGAGUAUUGCCAAAGCAAGGGCAUUGCGCUGACAGCUUUCAGUCCUUUUGGUGGUGAAGGGGCUCCUAUUCUCAAGAAUGAAGCUGUGAAGUCUAUAGCUGAGAAGUAUAAUGUGACUACGUCCACAAUACUGCUUAGUUUCCCUCUCAAUUUAGGAAUUUCCACCAUUCCGAAGUCGUUCAAGAAGCAACGGAUUCUUGACAACCUCAAAGUAAUUGAUCUUGAGCAGGAGGACAUCGAGAAACUUAUUGCUAUAGGAAGUAAGUCACCGGUGAGAUAUGAUCGCGAAGAGUUUGGUGUUGACCUUGGGUUUGAGGACUGGAAGCCAGAAUUGUUUCCUUAA